GUCAAGAAAAAAACCAUUACAGAUUUUACGGCUUUACGCAAUCAUUAUUCUCUCUCAGUCUCUCUCAGUCUCUCUCUCUAUCUCCCACGGUCGGUUUACAUACAUAUCUAAACUCACCACCGGAGCUCCGACGAUUUUUCCGGCCACCUUCCGAUCGAAUAUCAAAAGGUACAUAAAGAUGGAUAUGAUAAAACCAGAUUUUCAACAAAUCCGAAGAGAUAAGUUUAGAGUUGAGCAAAUGAAUGAUUUUCCCAACACUUGGACUCAGCAGCAGCAUCAGAACAUCAGAAUUCCCAACAACCUUGAUUUGAUUGGUAUCUUACAGAACCAGAUUUCCGUACCGGUUCAAACCGAUUUGUAUCAAGAUUCUGCCGCAACCUUUAUGAACAUGCCUCAGUCGAUACAUAGAGACCCACAAGGCCCUAGUAAUUGGAGAAUCAGUGAUUUGUCACAACCUAGUACCGUGAAUCACGGAUAUGAUCAGGCUGGUAUUAGGCCAAACAACGUUGCAGAUUUGUUGUCCGAUCAUUUCAGUUCUCGAAACCAAAUAUUGGACCGUCCUCUUUAUGUCGGCCGGGACUCUAUUCCUCAGUCUAGCAUGAUUAGGAGAAGUGAAGUUUCUUGUCUAGACGAUAAUCAAAAGGGUUGUGUAACGGUGGCUUGUUCGGGUACUGGUAAUGAGAUUUUAAGGAGCAGUUAUGAUCAAGGUUCUUCUUCUGGAAGUUACCGAGGAGAAUUUUCGUUUCUCCCAAGUUUGGAGAAUCAAUCAGUUGCGCACAAUGCAAGCAACUGGAACCACGGACCAGUGAAUGUUACUGCCACUUCUCAUACUAAUAGUAAGAAAGGCUUUCCACUCUCACUUUUGUCUGAUAUCCCUCCAUCUAGAGACGUUGGAAAUGCAGCUGUUUUGUCAACAAUGAAUAUUCACGGCCCACUCGGGCCUUUCACGGGAUAUGCAUCGAUACUGAAGAGUUCGAGGUUCUUGGAGCCGGCUCAGAAAAUGUUAGAAGAGUUUUGUAUCUCUUAUGCUUCAAAGAUUAUUAGUAGAAGUGAAUCUACUUCCAUGGAGGAUGAUGAUGAUGAUGAUGAUAACUUGUCAGGGUUUAGUAGUUCUUCUGAGCCAUUAGAACCCAAGAAUAGACUAAAGAAAGCAAAACUUCUCUUUCUGCAAGAAGAGGUUUGCAAGUGGUACAAACUAUAUAAUCAUCAGUUGCAAACAGUUAUGUCUUCCUUCAAUACAGUGGCUGGUCUAAACACCGCAACACCGUAUAUCUCGUUGGCUCUCAAACGGACUUCACGAAGUUUCAAGGCCCUUAGAACCGCAAUAGCUGAACAUGUGAAGCAAAUCUCAAGUCACUCAUCAAACGGUAACAACAACAACCGAUUCCAAAAGAGGCAAAGAUCUUUGAUUGGUAACAAUGUCGGGUUUGAAUCUCAACAACAACAUAUCUGGAGGCCUCAAAGGGGAUUGCCCGAACGUGCAGUGGCUGUUCUUAGAGCAUGGCUCUUUGACCAUUUUCUUCAUCCGUAAAGCCUCACAAUUUUUUUGAUGUAAUUUGAUUUUAUUUGAUAUGAUGUUUUGAUGUGAUUUCUCAUAUCCUUUAUUGCUAAUACUGUUAUUAGGUACCCCACUGAUUCUGAUAAGCAGAUGCUAGCCACUCAAACUGGUCUCUCUCGUAACCAGGUAUCAAAUUGGUUCAUAAACGCCCGUGUGCGAUUAUGGAAACCUAUGGUGGAAGAAAUACACACACUUGAGACCAAAGCAAUUAAAAAUGCAGAUACUAGUCACAACAUUGAGCCAUCAAAUAGACCGAAUACUGUUAGCAGUCCGAGCCAUGAACAAACGCUAACGGGCCUCUCCGGGACAAAACGGUCGAGGUUAGAGUACAUGGACAUGGUGGGGUUCAAUAGAGGGAACGUGUCACUCACGUUAGAGCUUAGGCGUGGUGUGGACAAUGUUAUCCAAACGCAGACUCAGGAUCAUCAGUUUGGAACUGGAAGCCAAAUGUUUCAUGACUUUGUGGGUUGAAAAUCCUCUGCUUUUGUUUCACCUUUAUGUAUUUUGGGUAGAGUGAAAAUAACAAAGUUGUCUUGAAAUGGUUACUCCUAACUUAGGGCCACAAAGUUCUCUGAUCACCUUUUUAGUUAUUUUUUUUGUUAAAAACCUUUUUAAUUAUUUCUUUUAUGUUAUACUAAGAUUAAGAUCCGUCCCUUGUGGG